AUGGAGCAGUUCGGUUGGGGAAGGGAGGAGGGAGGGUGGAGGAAAGGGCCUUGGACGGCGCAGGAAGAUAAGCUGCUGCUCGAGUACGUGAGGCACCAGGGGGAAGGGAGAUGGAACUCUGUCGCCAAGCUCACCGGUCUGAAGAGAAGCGGAAAGAGCUGCAGGCUUCGGUGGGUGAACUACCUGAGACCUGACCUCAAGAAAGGCAAGAUCACGCCGCAGGAGGAGAGCGUCAUACUGGAGCUGCACGCCUUGUGGGGAAACAGAUGGUCGACGAUCGCGCGUAGCCUCCCCGGUCGGACGGAUAACGAGAUCAAGAACUACUGGCGGACGCACUUCAAGAAGGCCAAGGCGUCGUCCAAGAACAUCGAGCGCGCCAGGGCGCGGUUCCUGAAGCAGCGGCGCGAGAUCAUGCGCGCCGGAGGGCACCACGAGCACCUACAGCGCGACGACGUCCAGGACGACGACGGUGCCGCUAGCCCGGACAACACCACCAGCGGCCCCGGUCCCGCGAGCCAUGCUGGUGAAGCGACAUGGCCAGCGCCGCUGACGCAGGACGACGACGACGACCUGGUAACGAUGGGAGGCAUGCCGGACGACGUGGACGAGUUCCUGCGGUACCAGCCCAUGCCGGCCUACUUCCUCGACGGCGGCGCCACCAGCGUCUCGGGGAGCGACGCGGGGUCCAGCGGGGAGAUCGACGGCGCCUGCGCCACGUGGGGCAGCCUGUGGAACCUCGACGACGUCGUUGACGUCGAUGGCGGCGGCGGUGCGUGCUGCUUGUGGGACAGCUUCCCUUUGCCGCAGGAUCAAGGACUCGCUUUCUACUGA